ACUAGUUCGCCAGCUGUUUACGUAUUUGUUUUUAUUUUGCGUUUUACUAUAUCUACUGCCGUCGAAUAAGCGAAAUUUUGUAGUAGGCCUCAACAUUUUAAAAGCACUGUGGGAAAAAUAGACUUAAUUUUCAAAGAACCAUUUGCUGCAACUUUAAUCAAAAAAACGCAACUUUUGUUAUGUCUUGGCAAAAUGGAUUAGUCAAGGAAAUUUUAAAACCUGAAAACUUGAUUAUUUCAUCAGAACUAGCCGUUGUUAUAGCAGACAAGUUUCCCAAGUCGCUGCAUCACUACCUGGUGCUUCCAUUAGCCGAUAUUCCGAGCAUCUUUCAUUUGAAUGGGAACCAUCUUUCGCUCUUGGAGGAGCUUCAUCUUCUGGCCAGAAACGUUGUAGAGGUGAAAGGAGUGCGCUGGGAGGAUUUCCAGGUGGGAUUUCAUGCGGAACCGAGUAUGCAAAGGCUCCAUUUGCAUGUAAUAUCAAAGGAUUUCGUAUCACCGAGUCUAAAGACCAAAAAACAUUGGAACUCCUUCAACACUGACUUAUUUGUGCCCUACAAAAAACUUUACGAACAGCUAGAGAAGGACAACCACAUUUCGAGACUGCCGAAAUCACUGAAAGACGAACUGCUGGCCAAGCCGCUGAAUUGUAACCAGUGCGAUUUUGUGGCAAAAAAUUUGCCAACACUUAAGGAUCAUCUGGUGGGGCACCUCCCAGAUACUUCGCAAACGAACCACCAGUACCCACUAGAGAACCAGUUCUUCCCCUUAGAGAACCGUGAAUAGACAGCUGAGAGUCUAACUUUUUGAUUAAUUUUCGGUGAUUUCCACGAUUGUUGAGGAGGCGAAUCCAUUAAAAUGGAGGUGGAUGAGAAGGCGUAUUUUCGGGAUGAGUUGAAGCGCAAGCUUAACGAUAAGAGGAAUUUCCUCAUCGAAACUGAUCGGGCGGUGGUGAUUAAAGCGGAUUUUCCCAAGUCGCAAUAUCACUUUCGUGUGGUGGCCAAGGAAGAAUUGGGGGACAUAACUAAGUUGAACGGAGAUCAUUUGCCUUUGUUGGAUCACAUGAUGGAGCUGGCCAAUCAAAUAAUCGAGAAGCAGGAGCACCUAGAGUCGCGUAACUUUCGCAUAGGUUUUAAGGUGCACACCUUCUGGAACCGGCUCAAUCUUCAUGUGAUAUCUGACGACUUUUACUCCAUGGCCAUGAAACGUCCGCGCCACUGGAAUAGCUUCAAUACGGAACUUUUUAUGCCAUUUCAAAUGGUGCACAUGAUGCUCAGCCUGCAGGGCUCUAUUGAACCAAUUUCCGAUGAGAAGUACAAGGAGCUGCAGCUUCAAAAGCCCUUACGUUGCAACCAGUGCGAUUUUGUGACCGAAUUGCUGCUGGAGCUAAAGGCGCACCUGUAUCAACACUGGCAGCGUAGAGAAUGCGAGCGUGAGCAGAAGAAAAAAACGGAUAAAAUAAUUCAAAUGAUGAAUGAGGCGAAGCUAGAUACGGAGCUAAAACCAGUUGCGCCUUCAGAGUCUUUGCCGCAAACUCAGCCACUAGCUGAAAAUACCCAGUUCCCAAAUCAGACCUCAAGAAAUCCCUUCCAAACGCCACAACAACAGCAGGCUCAGCAGCAGGCCGAUAAUGGAUAUAGCAACUAUAUAAACGGACCCCCAGUUAAUAUGAUGAAUCAGCCGAAUCUCAACAAUCCUUUCCGAAACACUCCUCCGCUCAACAUCCAAUCGAUGAAUCCGCCGCCAGGGAAUAAGUUUAACACUCGUCCACCGGGUUAUAUGCCGCGCGGACCCAUACGACAUCAAGGACCUGGGGGUUCUUGGAAUGGUCCUCGUUUUCCACCUAAUCAACAUCUGAACAAUCUCAGGCAUCCUGUAUUUAAUAGAUUCCGAGCACCGCCUCCAGUGAAUCAGCAGGACCCACUACAAUAUCCAAAUCAGGCAUUUGUCGUACAAUUAGCCUGCCCAAGUAAUCAACAAAAUGGACCUAGACCGAUAUGGAUUCCAACAAGUGUCUUGUACAAUAACCAACAGAAGCCGAACCAACAAUUUCAGCAGAACACCAAUCCUCAGCAACCGAAUCAGAACCCGAAUCAACAGAAUCGCCCAAUUUCAAAUCAACAAAAUCGGCAGAAUUCCUAUCAACAAACUCAACUGAAUAACAUUCCACAAAAACCUAAACAAUCCCAACCUCCCAAUCAAGUGAAUUAUCAAAACACCAAUCAUCAAAAUCGCCAGAAACCUAAUCAACAGAAUCGCCCAAAUCCUAAUCAACAAAACAAAAAUAAGAACAAAAAAUCAGCAAACCAACCAAAUCCACAGACAUCUGCUGGCAAUCCGAAUUCUGGAACUCAACCUCCAAACAAUCUUAAACCAGCUGGCUCUUAGAGUCAUUUAUCGUAUUUAAACUAUUUUUAAUAGAUUUUAACAAUGAUAAAUGGUUACAAUAGUUUUGUUAAAAAUACGUAUGCGUAAAAAAAACUGCAGAUCAGCCGACCAAAUUAAAAAUUGGCAAUAAUUUGUUAACUUUAAUAAGAAAACUAUUGCAACUGUUAUCAGCUUAAAAAACAUUUGUUACAGUGACCCAUAAGUUAUAAUUAAAAAAUUUCUGUUAUCCUAAAAACUAUGCAAGCUAAAAAAGAAAAGAACUAACAUUUUAAAGGAACUGAACAUUAUUAUUUCGAAUUUAAUCACUGUCUAUAAAAUGUAAGCUUUAAACAAUUCCGAUCGAGAUUUGAAAAUUAUUGAUGAAUAAAUAAAUACAUAUUUCAAAACACAA